CAAAGAUGGCGGCGACAGCGAAAUCGGUCCGAAGCUUCUGCCAGUUACAAAGAUGGCGGCAGCCGGUUGGGGGUGAGGCCAUUGUUAUAACGCUGUGGCGUCAUCACGGCAGAUUGGCGCGGAAUUCGAGCGCGCGGGAAAGAAGCGGAGUCCCGAAAACAAACCGGGAGAGUAACCCAAGUAAAUAAAGGUGGGAAAGAGGAAUAAAAGGACAGAAACUGGGCUCUUCGCAGCGAUGCCGGUGUUGAGAUCGAGGAAAGCCAGCCCUGGCUCUGAGAAAGGCAUGUCUCCGGUGAGCGUUGCUGGGAGUGUCGAAUCACGGUUUUCCAGCCCAACCUAUUUCCGCAGGGAGGAGGUGGCGGAGCUAUUGAUUGGAGAUAACCUGGACUCCGACAACGUAACGAGUGAAUCGGAGUCUGACACUGGCAGCGAUUUCGAGGACACUUUGAACAAAGGAAGGAAACAGAUGGCCUCUCGUCCUUCCAGGGCCCCACCCGCCAAGAGGCCAAAGCAUACACCAGUGGAGAAGAAAGUGGCUCCGCAGAAGAGGAACCCUGGCAAACAGCAAAAGCCUAGCCUUGUACAGCAGUCAAUCAGCCUGGCAAAGGAUGCCCCACAGUCCUCCAGGAGAUCAAGACAAGUGUUGGCAGACAGCAACCAGAAAGUGGUUAAAGACGCUGGUACAGCAUGGUUGGACAGCGAUCAGGAGACCAGUAACCUGUCUGUCAGCACCACCCGGUCUCAAAGUGCACGGCAGCUCUCGAGAUCAAGGCGGGUGCCAGCAAAGAGUAACCCCCAGACAGCGGGGAAAGAAAAUGUCUCGAUGCACCCGAGCAGUGAUCAGGAAACGAGUAAUCUAUCGGUGAGCGUCAGGCAGCUGAAAAGUAUGGCUCAGUCCUCCAGGAAAGUGGGACACGUGUCGGCCGCGAAAGCGGGACAGAAGUCGGGUGUGAAAGCAGCCGCUCCGGGACAACAGAAAGAAGCCAGCAACCUGUUCGAGGCGGUGAAGCUUGCAAAAAGUGCCAUGCAGACCCUGGUUGACGAAUGGCUGGAGGUUUACAAGCUGGACAGAGAGACUGGUCUGCUGGAACUUCUGAACUUCUUCAUCCACAGCUGUGGGUGUAAAGGGAUUAUUACCUCACAGAUGUUCCACAAGCUGCAAAAUGCCGAGAUCAUCCGGAAAAUGACUGAGGAAUUUGAUGAGGACAGCGGUGAUUACCCUCUAUCGAUGGCAGGUCCCAUGUGGAAGAAAUUCCGCCAGAAUUUCUGUGAAUUCAUUACCGUGUUGGUGCGUCAGUGUCAGUACAAUGUCAUCUACGAUGAAUAUAUGGUGGACGUACUGAUCUCCCUGCUGACAGGACUGUCUGAUUCUCAGGUCCGAGCGUUCCGACACACCAGCACAUUGGCUGCAAUGAAGCUAAUGACCGCACUGGUGGAUGUGGCUUUGAAUCUGAAUGGCCAUCAGGAAAACAUCCAGCGUCAGUACGACACUGAGCGGAACAAAGCUGCAGGGAAACGGGCCAAUGACCGUCUGGAAAUGUUGCUGCAGAAACGCAAGGAGCUCCAACAGAAUCAGGAAGAGAUUGAGAACAUGAUGAAUGCAAUCUUUAAGGGGGUGUUUGUCCACCGAUAUCGGGAUUUGAUCGCGGAGAUCCGCGCUAUCUGUAUGGAGGAGAUUGGUGUGUGGAUGAAGCGUUAUAGCAACUCGUUUCUCAACGACAGCUACCUGAAGUAUGUUGGCUGGAUGUUGCAUGACAAGCAACGGGAGGUGAGGCUGAGAUGUUUGAAGUCCCUCCAGAAUCUGUACGAAAGCAAAGAAAUCACUCAGAAACUGGAUCUGUUCACCAACCGAUUCAAGGACAGGAUGGUGUCAAUGGUCCUGGAUGUGGAUUAUGAUGUCGCAGUGGAAGCAGUCAGGCUAUUGACUCUCAUUCUGCAGAAUACUGAAGAUGUGCUGACCCAUGAGGAGUGUGAGUGUGUUUACCCGCUGGUGUACGCCUCUCACCGACCCACUGCAGCUGCUGCUGGACAAUUUGUCCACGUGAAGCUGCGGAGGCAUUAUGACGCAGAACGUGAGAAGGCUCUGGCCAAAGACCAUGGAAGGCGGAGUGUCAAUGGCGAAUUCAUUAAAUUGGUGCUCACCUUUUUCCUGGAGAGUGAGCUCCAUGAGCACUGUGCAUACCUAGUAGACAGUCUGUGGGACCACGCUGGCUCAGUCCUGAAGGACUGGGAAGGGAUGACGGAGUUGCUCCUGGAGGAGAUCGGGGACGGUGAGGAGGGACUUACUGAUCAGGAGGAGAGUGCUCUGAUUGAACUGAUGGUGUGCUCGAUGCGGCAAGCAGUGGAGGGCCACCCACCGAUUGGCCGGCAAUCUGGCAAAAAGUUCCUGACUGUCAAAGAGAAGAAGCAACAGAUGGACGAUCGGGUUAAACUGUCUGAGCAUUUAAUUGUCAUCAUUCCACAGCUCCUGGCCAAGUACUCUGCAGAUGCCGAGAAAGUCGCAAAUCUGCUGCUGAUUCCUGGUUUCUUUGAUUUGGACGUUUACUGCAGCAGGCGACUGGAGAAGUAUUUGGACCUUCUGCUCAAGCAGAUCCGGGAGAUUGUCGAGAAGCACACGGAGAUGGACGUGCUGGAGGCGUGUAGCCGGGCGUACUACACCCUGUGCAACGAGGAGUACACCAUCCGGAAUCGUGUUGACAUUGCACGCAGUCAAAUCGUUGACACGCUGGUCGAGAUAUUCACUCACUCCGUGGAGGAGCUGCUGCAUGAGGUUGGAGAGACAGAUGAGGAUAACCUGUACACAGUGGCGACAUCACUGAAGAGAAUCACAGCUCUUUACAAUGCCCAUGACCUUACCAGAUGGGAGUUGUUUGAUAACUGCUGCCGUGUCCUGGAACGAGGGAUUGACACAGGGGACGUCCCAGAACAGAUCAUUGUCCAAGCGUUGCUCUGUGCUCACUUUCACGUCCUCUGGACGCUGGCUGUCAUCUCGGAGUAUUCAGCAACCAAGGAGCAAAUCAUCAGACUGAGGAAGCAACGGAACAAAGUCUUCAUAAUGUGUCAGCACGGCCUGUCCAAUGUCAGCUCCAGAGUGAGAGAGCAGUCCUUCAUCCUGCUGUGUGACUUGCUGGUAAUCUUCAGCUCGCAGAUGACGAGGGAUGGUCACGACGAUCUCCAGCCCCUGGUCUUCACUGCUGACCUUCCGCUGGUGUCUGAGUUGCUAAGUUUUGUCAUGGACCAUGUGUUUGUGGAACUGGAGGAGGAUGGAGAUGAUGAGACGUUGAAGAUUGAGAUGCUGCACAAGAGGAGGAAUUUCCUGGCUGGAUUCUGUAAACUUGUCAUCUACAACAUGGUGGAUCUGAGGACCGCAGCUGACAUCUUCAAACACUACAUGAAAUACUAUGGUGACUAUGGUGACAUUAUCAAGGAGAUGUUGGCUAAAGCACGGCUGAUUGAUAAAGUGGAGUGUGCCAAGACUCUCCUGCUCAGUUUACAGCAGUUGUUCAACGAACUAGUCCAAGAUCAGGGCCCUGUCAUCGACCGAUCCUCUGUUGCUUUCUGCACCAUUAAAGAUCUCGGCAGGAGGUUUGCACUGACCUUUGGGAUAGACCUGAUCAAGAGCAGGCAGUCUGUGGUCUCGCUGCAUUUGGAUGGGAUAAGAUUCGCCUUCCAGCAGUAUCAUCCGAGUGCUUCAGACUUGCCUCCCCAGAACCUGCUGUUCCUCGAUGUCAUCAGUGAAUUCUCAGUCAAACUGCUGCGUCAGGACAAGAAGGCAGUCCUCGGCUACCUGGACAAGACGUUCCCGGCUCCCGUCAACCUGAGCACCCAGGGCUGGCUCCCGCUGACCUUGUACCGUCGCUCGCUGCUGGCUCGGGGGGAAGAUGACACUGUGUCUGUGAUCAGCAGCAGAACGUUGAGUGCCCGCAGCAAAAAAGCACCAACAUCGUCUGCCAAGAGGAGGAGGCUGGAAGUUUCAGAUCUGAGUUCGGAUGGUGUGUGGCUGCAGAGUGGUGGCAGCAUGCCCGUGGGCGGUAAACUGAGAACUCCGAUACUGACCUCGACCAUCCUGAGACCACCCCAGUGGGACACGAGAAGUCUGCAGAGCUCUGAUGACCAGGAUUCGGAGAAGGGGUCAGAGUCUGAAUUUGCACAAAGUCGUUCCUGGCUUGAGUCGCAAAGUCAGAACAAGAGGCAGAACAAGAGAGUUCAGAAGGACCAGCAGCAGAAGAACCGAAUGCGACAGCGGCACAAGAAACAGCAGCUGCUCAGUCUGAUGGAGGAAGAUGGUGAAGAGUCAGAGACAGGAGAAAUGAUAUCAGAUGCCACGAGUGAGCGUUCUGAUGCAAACAGCGAGAUCAGUCUGGCUCCGCCGAUCAGACAGGGCCGAGCCGGUCUGUUGCAGGAUCUGUUCGACUCCAGUAUUCUCGACAUUGACCGACUGACCCCCCGAUGGUGCGGUGCUUCCUCGGUGCUGACUGACCCUUCGAUGGUGCGGCGCUCCUUCAGCGCCGACUGA